UUUGAAUUAAAUAUUUGAAUAACCUCUUCAUUUGUAAACAUUGUAAACUAAAAACCUUCCUCCAUGCUAAAAACUGUACAUUUCUAUAAUUUUAAGAUAUUUAAAAUAAAAUGGAAUAUCUAUCCAGUAGUGUACAUCUCUGCUUAAACUCCAGUAUUGUUGAACGUCUAAAUGGGGCCCAAAUCUUUACUGUUUCAGACUUUUUAAAUUCCGAAAAUAAACAGAUUGAGAAAAUAACGGCCUUAACAGCAAAAGAAAUUUUAGAACUGAGAAAAAAUCUUUUAAAAAAAUUUGUCAAUGCAAGAAAUGCUUAUAAUUAUUAUAAAAGUAUUUCAAAUGAGUUUGCAAUUGUUCCUACUGGUAUAUCCAGAUUAGAUAAUUUGUUGGAAGGUGGUCUAUUUACAGGAAAUAUAUAUGAAAUAUGUGGUUUACCAGCAUCAGGCAAAACAUAUUUCUGUUUGACGCUACUAAAUAAUCUUGCUUUGAAACACAUCACUGAAAUUAUGUACAUAGACACCAAAAAUGAUUUUUCGGCAUUAAAAUUGAAACAAAUGAUGAUGUAUCAUUUAGAAAAAGACGAUAUGAUAGCUGCCAUGAAUAGAAUUAUAGUCAACAAAGUGAAUUCAAAACAACAUUUUCUGAGCGUAUUGUUAGAGAUAAAACAUGCUUUACAAAAUGGACAAAUCAUCAAAUUUGUUAUUAUUGACUCGCUUCCACCUCUAAUCUGGAAUUCAGUAAAUCAUACUGAAAACAAUUCUUUUUUGACUUAUUCAGCUAAUAUCUUACAUUAUUUAGCAAAAGAAUAUAAUGCCAUUAUUAUUGUCACAAAUUUAAUAACAUUGUGGAAUGAAGGAGACUUCAAAAAUAGAAACAUUAUGAAAGAAAAAAUUUCUUGUGGUAGUUUUUGGUAUACAGUGCCAAAUGUUAGAAUUGUAUUAAAAAAAGAUAAAAAUUUGUGCAAAAUGACACUUACUAAAUCUAUAAGAUUUGUUCCACCGAUUAACUCUUGUGAUGUUACAUUUAACAAUAAUGGUUUAAUUUAAAACUAUAGUUUUAGUGUAAUCAUUUAUUAAUAUGAAGCCUAUUUAUUUUGUACACUAAGUGUUCAAAUAAUGAUUAACUAGCUAGACUGCAAAUGAACAGCAAUCUCAUUACCGAAUUAUCAUAAUUUAUUAGUUCUUUUGGAACGAAAAGUGUAUUACCAAUAUUUUAAAAGAAACUACACAUUAAAUGUUAUUAAUAUGGCAUAUAAAAUCAGAUUUAAAGGUCUACAGAUUUAUUAUGAGGAACAUUUCAUAAUUGGUUAGCGAGAGA